UUUGAUUUAAUUCAUCUGUUGAGAUGAGGAAUUACGUCAAGCAGCAAACAUUACUCCUGCAGAUGAUCACUAGACGUUUUACUCGACAAAUUUCAGAGAAAAGGAAAAACGGCGACAAGUUGACAAAGUUUGAUGUGAGAAAGAAUACCGAGAAAAUUGCACCUGAAAUCUCCAAACAUCCGAGGAAUAUCACUAUUUUAAAAGGAGAAAAUGUAAUUUUUCGUUGCUCAGUGGUGGGGAACCCUACACCCAGUGUUGUUUGGAAAAAGAACGGAAAAGAACUGGAUGUAACAGCAGACAGUCGAUUGAAAUUGUCCUCUAAGAAAAAUAAUCACAGUUUAGAAAUUGCAGAGGUUCACUUCUCAGAUUCAGGGAAAUACAUGUGUGUGGCCAAUAACAGCGUGAGUAGAUCAUCCUCAUCAGCAGCUAACCUCACAGUACAAUAUGUACCAGACCCACCAAAGGAUUUCAAAGUCAUCUUAAGAGGAUCACGAUCAGUUAAUAUCUCUUGGAUAAAUGGUUUUAAUGGAAACAGUGCCAUCCAGAACUACACAGUGGAAAUCAGUGAAGAUGGGCAGAAAUUCAGAGAUGCCAUAUGUCAAGGAACACUCUCAGUCAAUGCUUGUGUGAUUCACACCACAAGAGUUUCUAUUAAAGAGCUGUUUCCCUGGACAAUAUAUUACCUCAGGGUUUUUGCCAGGAACAUAAUUGGUUCUAGUAACCGCAGCCUCAUUAUAAAUGUUACCACCGAUGAAGAAGUGCCUAGUUCUGCACCACCUUUUAAUGUGACGGUCGUCAGCUCUACUGCUGUUAAUGUUUCUUGGAAGAUGCUCAGUAAACAAGAUGCCAGAGGUGAAAUCCAGGGAUAUUACAUUUUAUACAAGAGAAAGAACGAUCCGCAGUUACCUUGGAAGAACAGAACUGUCAACAGAAAGGAAACCACGUCUAAAGUAGUGACGUCUCUAAAAAAAUUCACAUCAUACGAGUUUGCCAUACAGGCCUUCAACAACAAGGAUGUCAGUGUGAAGAGUGACAUUAUAGAAACGAAGACAGAUCAAGAUGUACCUUCCGCGGCACCCAAGUUGAUGAGCGCAGAACCAAAAAACAGUACUAGUAUAGAAUUGACAUGGGAACCCGUUCUUGGGCGUGAUUUAAAUGGCAUUCUUACUGAGUAUGUCAUUCGUUAUUCGCACGACAAGGAGGAAAGGUACAGAGAAAAACCAAAUUCGUUGUCAAAGGUGGUAAUAAAUGGGCUCAGAGCAUCGACUAAUUACUCGUUUAAAAUUUCGGCUGCAACUAUCAAGGGUGAAGGUCCGCAAAGUGAACCCAAGUCUGCUACAACGAAAGACCCACCCAUUCCUCCUAUUCCUAACGACAUCGGGACAAGUGAAGUUUCUGUUGCCUUCAAGCCCUUGCAAAUUUUAAGUAGUGGAAAAGAAGUCAGGUACUACCAAGUCAUUGUGGUACAACUAAGAAAAGGAGAAGGGCCUGGCAAAUCAUCAGACGAGAACUAUGUUAGAGUAAUCAGAAAAUAUGAAGAUAGGGUGGCGGGGGAACCCUACAUUACGGCUGAAUUUUCCAACAAUAACGAACGAAGAACAACUUUUCCUGUUGGAGAUGGAAAGUACUACUCGAGAAAAUAUCAUAUUGAAGCGAGAAGAAAGCGCAGAGCGGGAUUCACUGAAUAUCUUAAUGGGAAGCUUGACGACGACACAGAGUACGCUGUUUUUCAACGUUCCCUUAGCGGCCCUGAUGAUUAUCAAAAUGAGGGUUUUACUCAAUUUACAACCCGCAAAAUGACUGAAUUGGAACCAGAGGAUAAAACCGUGAUUGUUAUUGUAGUAUUUAUAGUGUUGUUCAUAGUGUUUGUAGUUGUUGUCGGCGGAAUUGUGAUUGUCUGGUUGCGCGGUCGACGGCGGAGCAAUGAGAAUGAGGUCGACGAAGACAUACCUAUGGAAGAUAGAGGUUACGUAUUUAGUGUUGUGGUUGUAGAAAGGCAAUUCUUCUGUAAAACCGCUCUAUACUUGUCAACGCUUCCCUUAAACUGCUUAAGCAGUAUACCUGUAUCAUAUAAUUCCGGCUAUGACAGCAUCACCACCGACGAAAGAAACAUUAUAAUCCACGCUAAAAACUCCGUCCUAAUCCAUAAGCACCUACCCUAG